AAACAAACAGCUAGCACGCAACGCAACAAAACAAGAUUUAAAGAGAUACAUGCCACAACACCUCAUUAUAUAUCGAACAAAAUGGCAAGAAUGAAGUGUUUGCUGACUGUGGGAAGGAUACGUUUUCUAUGUCUCCUCGUCUUGUCAUGCACACAUUGUCAAGAACUUCAUGUCACCAACUUGAAGUGUUUCAAUGACUAUGAAUCUGAAAUGUACUGUUUUUUGGAAGUAAGUGAUCCAAUAAUAAGUUGCAGUAGUAAUUUCCUGCUGGACUACACCUUCGAACCUCCUGAUUUGGACAGCAAUGAUUUACCGUGUGUCCCCAAAAACAUGCCAUUGGAUGGAAUCAGUUUGGCUGCUAAAUGUAUCUGCCAUAUUAAUGUCUCUGAUAUUGUAGCUGCUUUGGUCUACACAGUAGAGGUUAAGUCAAAUGGGAAAUCUCUUAAGAAUUCAACUGCCCGUCUUUCACAAACAGUGAAACCAAGAGCUCCUACCAAUGUGACUGUUGAUCUCAGUGAAUUAGACACUGUAAUUAUAUGGUGGGACCCUGGAUAUUCAGAGGAAAACUACCUGUACAAUAUGCUGUACUUCUCUAUUCAAAUAACCUGCAAGAGUGAUCCAACACAGGUUAGAAAUAUUACCCUCAAACAAAUAGAGCCAUACUAUACAAUGAAUAAAAGACAAUUGAGUAGAAGGUACGAUUACGAGGUUAAAGUUCGAUCCAAAGCCUUCAAAGGCUAUAACGGGGUCUGGAGUGAGUGGAGCUCCGCAGCUGAGUGGCACAAUGAUUACAGUUUACCUAUAUAUCAAAAAGAAGUCAUGGUUGCUGUAGGUCCCAGUGUUGCGAUUUUCCUGACAAUUUUGUUGAGCUUUUUUUGCAUUUCCAGAUAUAAAAAACGAUGGUGGGAUAGCGUUCCGGAUCCCAAAAAAAGUAAACUGGGCACGAACAUAUUCACAUCGCAGCUUGCAUUUUCAAACAUUGGUCCUGUUGCCUUUGCACAAACAAGAAAAGAACAAGAUGCAAAUCCAUUUUGCUGCAGAGAUUUAAAGAAUCUCCAAUCCAAUUGUGGAAGCCAAGAUUGGCGACCAUUUGUGCUUACUCCAGAGUACACAUCUGUUGAAAGAUAUUUUGAGAUAUUACCUCUGGAAGAUGAUGAGAAUACCAACGGAAGUGAAUAUGAAGUAGAUGAGGAAUGCAGCUUGAAUGUAAUCCAUAAUCCAUCAAUCCAUAAAUUAUUCCUUGAUAUUUUAGGAGAAAGGCCAUUAGUGGAGGAAGCAUCAAACUCGAAGAUAAAUGAAUCCCAUAGGAUGAUAAAUGAUGGGUUAUCUUUUGCAGAAGAACAGCAGCGCAAAUUAAUUUCCUGUAAUGGAAAUCCAUGUGACAGUGAGUUUAAAACACUUUCUGAAUCAGGCUUUUUCGGUAAUGACAUUUCCUGUCUACCAAUAAUGUUUCCAGAAAAAAUAGAUUGGCCGGAAUUGAUGCACCAUGAUGAUGGCUCUUGUGAUCAAACCUACACGAGAGCAGAAAACCUUCACACAAACUAUUCAAAUGAUAUAAUUCAAACUGAUACGGGUACGGAUAUAACAUACAGCAGUUUUGCAAAUGUUGUGUCGAGUGCAGAACGGACAUAGUUUAGUAAGGAUUAUAACAAACUAGAAAUAAACCUUUUCAUUUGAUGCAAUACCAUACAGCAGACACACAUCCUGUAUCUGUUGAAGAAGUAUCCGAAUAUCAGCUUUAUUCCAAUACUGUUCAACAUGAGAAAAUAUCAGUGGGAUGCUCUCUUG